GGUGUGGGCAGUGCUUCUCGCCUCGAUUCCGGUGGUGUCCGCUGCUCUCGCGUUCGUCGAAAAGCGGAGGCCUCGGACGGGCGGCAGCUUCGCGUGGGAAAUGUACGAGAAUGCGUGGGACAUCCUCCGUUCUUUCACCUACGAAGGUCACACGGCAAAGACGAUGAGCCAUGGUGGUCGGCUCCUCUGCUCGAUCUGGUGGCUCACCGUUCUCGUGCUCACCAACGGCUUUGCUGGGCAACUCAAAGCCAGCAUGGCCAUCAAGACAGAGCCACCGCGUUUCCGUUCUGCAGACGAAGUCGCGUACCAACCAGACAUAAGACCUAUGGUGUGGAAACACACCGUAUACGAGACUUACAUACGGACAUCCGAGAGACCGUCAAUGCAAGCCCUCACCCGCCAGGUGCACCGACACGACGGCUUCGUGCCCAUAGCCGACAUGUACUCCCCAACAGCCAUGGAACAACUAUACAGCGGCCGCGCGGUCAUCGUGAGCGACCAUUACGUGACCAUGCACAUGUUGGCCAAGCAGUGCCGACUCACCGGAGGCAAGCUGUACGUGGCGCCGGAGCUGCUGUUCACUCGCUUCUUCACCGUGGCGCAUACGAAGCGCUUUCCUCCCCAACUGGAGCGCAGGAUUCACGCUAAAAUAACCGCCAUCAUGGAGUCUGGUCUGAACCUCAAGUGGGAAGAGGACGGCAUGCAAGAGUGGCACCGCUGCCAAGCCAUGCAGCAGGCGGGCAGCUCGCAGACUGGCGAGCUAUCUUUCAAGGUGCUCCGCUACGACGAUAUGGCGGCCAUCUUCUCCCUCUGGGCAAUCAUGGCGGCUUUCUCCCUCACCGUCUUUCUGCUCGAGCUGUGCUUGCACAGGACGUCGGCACGACGUCACCACAGGUUGCCGCGCAUGAACGCCAGGCGGAACGCGCGCCUCGAGUCCCAAGAUGCGGCAGGGGUAGCUGCAGCGCCUGGCAACAAGACAGAUCAAGGAAAUUUAGGCGAACGCAGGCGAGCGCGUCGUGUUUCUGAGCGUAUGACGUAUGAGGACGCCUCCUUCGCGAGCUCCUAA